AUGAAUAAGAGGGAGGCGGCGUUGAUUCUGGAGACACCUGAACGCGGCUCAACCAAAGACAUGAUCCGCAAGAAACACCGCCAGAUGAUGCUGCUGAAUCAUCCCGAUCGGGGAGGGAGUCCUUACCUGGCGACGAAGAUUAAUGAGGCCAAGGAGAUGUUGGAGAAGGGGACGUGA